AUGGUUGCACAAGACAUUAUUUUUCGAGAUGUGUGGGCUUCGAAUCUCGAUGAAGAAUUUGCUGAACUUCGGAAAAUUGUCAGGAAAAGCAACGCCGUUAUAACGAACAUCGAAUUCCCGGGGAUCUGUAUGACUCCAAUCGGGACUUUUUUCAGCCAGGAACAUUUUUCUUAUCAGCAAUUACUUGUCAAUGUAAAUGCCCUCAAGCCUCUUCAGAUUGGCUUUACAUUCAUUCACAAACCCAUCGUUGUUUUCCAAUUCAAUUUCCACUUCAAUAUUAAUGAGGAUAUGUGCUCGGAUGAAGCCUAUAAUGCAUAUCAAGCUGCUGGUUAUGACUUCGAAAAACACAACGUAUGACUCGCUUGUCUUUACGUUUUUCUUUAGAACGAAGGUAUCGAUCUCUUGGACUUUGGUGAACUUCUGACCACUUCUGGCCUCGUAGUAUCUAAAUUGACAUGGGCAUCUUUCCAUGCCGCCUUUGAUUUUGGUUAUAUAAUUCGAUCUCUAAAUGGAGGAUCUCUGCCUGCCGAUAUUCGAGAGUUUUACAAACUGUUCAGAAAGUACUUUAGCACGGCUUAUGACAUUAAAUACAUGAUGCAACACGCAAAUGCGACGAGGAGAGGACUUACGACCUCAAUGAAUAUACAGGAGGUAAUUCAAAAAAAAAAAAAAUAUUUGUCUGGUUUUAGACAGCCGAAGCAAUGCAAUUACAUCGAUGGGGGAAGGUGUACAAUGCGGGAUCAAACUCUCAGUUGGCGGCUCGAAUCUUCUUUUUUCUGAAAGACGACAUUCUAAAGGAAAAUUGGCAAGAGGUAAGGUCAAUUUUAAUUAUUCUAGUUUUCUUUUUAGUUGUCUCACAACAUUCGUGGAUUGAUCUCGGGUAUUGGUGGGAAGCCCGUUCUCCCUCCAGGUGCCGUUAUUCAGAAUAUAUUUGCUCCAAAGUCCUAUAAUGGGCAGACCGAACCUCAUCGUGUGGGCACUGGUACCCCCGGCCGACCUCAAAGACAUAGUGCCGCUUCCAUGCGGAAUUAA